GUUUCCGCCUCCAUUUUGUCAGCGGUAUAUAUGUGUGUGUGUGUGUUUCUCUGCUAAAGCCAGUGAGGAAAAAUAACACACACACUAAGUCUUCAGCGGGUUUAUUUUUUUUUUACACAGAUCACCAGAAAUGGACGGCAUUGGUGACGUCGCAGUUGGUGUAAAGAGAGGAUCAGAUGAACUGCUGUCCGGCAGCAUGUAUAACAGCCCCAGUUCUGGGCUGAGCAGUAUAAGCGAUACGACAUCCAACGGCAGUGACAGCAAAAAACUUCGAGUUGAAGACAGAGUCGGCGAUGCCCCACCAUCCCGUGUUCUUCACAUUAGAAAGUUACCCAACGAUGUCUCGGAAACAGAGAUCAUUGCCCUGGGGCUUCCGUUCGGAAAGGUCACCAAUAUCCUCACACUGAAAGGCAAAAACCAGGCGUUUCUGGAGCUCAGCACAGAGGAAGCUGCCAUGACAAUGGUCAAUUAUUACUCUGCUGUGACGCCUCACGUCCGUAGUGUGCCGGUCUACAUACAGUACUCCAAUCACAAAGAACUCAAGACCGACAAUUCAAACCAGCAUUCUGCGGGAAACCACCCUCCGUUAUGGAUGAUCUGUUCAUCUCCGCUCUUCCUCGACUCUUCUCUCUUCCUGUCUUACGCUGCUUGCUCUUCUCUCCUUCUAAAGAUGGUUACGCCCCAAAGUCUGUUUACCCUCUUCGGGGUUUAUGGGGAUGUGCAGCGUGUGAAGAUUCUUUUUAAUAAGAAAGACAGCGCACUGAUACAGAUGGCCGAUAUGAACCAGGCUCAGCUUGCAAUGAGCCAUCUAAACGGUCAGAAGAUGUAUUCAAAGAUCAUUCGCGUUACGAUGUCGAAGCACCAAACUGUUCAGUUACCAAGGGACGGUUUAGACGACCAGGGUCUCACGAAAGACUUCACAAACUCACCACUGCAUCGUUUCAAAAAGCCAGGGUCCAAGAACUUCCAGAACAUUUUCCCUUCUUCUGCCACGCUGCAUCUGUCAAACAUCCCGCAAGACAUAACUGAAGAAGACCUCCGAGUCCUGUUCUCCAACUCCGGUGGCACUGUGAAAGCUUUCAAGUUUUUCCAAGAUCAUAAAAUGGCCCUAAUUCAGAUGACGACCAUCGAGGAAGCUAUUCAAUGCCUCAUCGACCUCCAUAAUUACAACAUGGGUAAUAACCACCACCUGAAGGUCUCCUUCUCCAAAUCAACCAUCUAAAGCAACCCGAGAGGUCUUGCUCCCAACUGCUUUUCUAGCGUUACCUGUUGACUGUUUAAAUACACUGGGGACCACAAUUUUGAGAAUUUCUUUUCCCAAGUUCCAUUCCACAAGAAGUUGUUGAAAGAAGGAAAUAUUGUGACUGUUUUCAAGGACAUUUUGUUUUUUUACCCCGUUUCCUCUUGUCAGCGCUCUGACACAACCUCUUCAGUGGCGGAAAGGUGUUUUGGUGUAAAGUCUGAACCUCUUACAAUAAACCGAAAAGAAUGUGCCUUACAAAACUUACAGAAAUCUUUUCAUACUUCAUAUUCUCAAACCCAGGCAGUCUUCUGAGCGUGAGAUUAAGUUUUGUUAAAACAAAAUUUUUUUUUCCCACUUUUGUGUCUGAUCUGUAUAAUGUGUAAAAGCCUCUCAGACGUUUUCCUUUUUAUUUCUUGCAGUUUGUUUGUUCAGUUCUUAAUGUCUGUGACAUUUUGAUUUAAGAAUUAUAAAUAAAACUGUGAUUCUCUAGUGAUUGUCACUGAGAUGUUAGGCCCAUUCUUAACCCACCAAUCCCGCUAAACCUUAUGUUGUUUGAAAGGAAACAAGAGAAUGAAACCUUUUUAUUUGCUCAUUUUACACCAUUUUCCUAGCUUUUCUUUCAUCUAUGUGCAUUGUCUUUAUCCUAAGUGGAAGGUUAUGACAUACUUUUCUCUGCAUGUACCAACUGGUGCAUCUUUAUUCCUAGUGUUGCAUGGAUUGGAAAUCACUUCUUUGUGUGAAUUAAUUUUUAAUUUUUUUUGAAAGACGAGUACAGUAGAUGGGACCAAAGUUUAUGUGCCUAAAGUCUUAAUUUACUCCAAGAUUGAGCAUUUUAGUUCACUUUUUAGAAGAAAAGAGACUCAUGGACAGGCUUAUGAGAAGAGCUGUAAAAAAAUUAAUAAUAUUGAUUGGCAAUCCACACUACAAUUUAUGAGAGGGACAAAAGGAUUGUGUAUAUUUUGUUUAGUUUUUUUUAAAAACCCUGCAGGAAUGUAUGAUUCGGCAUAGUUUUAGAUGUGGCACAAUUAAAAAAAUUUCUAACAAAAGCGGGGAGAUUUGACUGUUGUGUGUUUUGAUUUCUCUUUCUCUUUCCUGUUUUCUGCUUUUAUCUGUAGCAUGCUUAAUAAACACUUGUGUAGUUCUGUA